UGCCCUGGCUUCCCAAAGGGCUGGGAUUAUAUGUGUGAGCCAUAGAACCCAGCUGGUAAAUGUGGUUUAAAAUAAAUGAUCAUAAUACAUUAAUGUUAGGUAGCUGUUAUUUUAAAAAAGUCAUUUUCAACUAUACGUUUGAAUGGAGCUGUAAGUCCAGAUAUACUGACCCAGUAUUUUGUUGUUGUUGUUAACUCAAACUGAUUACAUUUCUUUCAAGCAGAUGAGCCAGAUGACCGAAGCUGGCUGGAACAUCAUGUGGUCCAUCAGUAUUGGACAGCCGGCCCUCCCAGUUUCCUCAUAGUUUACAUUUGCACUCCAAUUUAGCUGCUGUCUGGGACCAGCACUUGUACAGCAGUGAUCCAUUGUAUGUUCCAGAUGACAGGGUUUUGGUUACUGAGACUCAGGUUAUUCGGGAAACCCUAUGGUUACUUUCAGGAGUGAAAAAGCUCUUUAUAUUUCAGUUGAUAGAUGGGAAGGUAACUGUGAGAAACAAUAUUAUAGUAACUCAUUUAACACAUAGCUGUUUACGAUCUGUGCUGGAACAAAUAGCAGCAUAUGGCCAGGUUGUGUUUCGACUCCAGCAGUUCAUUGAUGAAGUCAUGGGACACAGUUCCGAGAGCAUGCUGCCUGGAAGUGGGUCUGUUCCUAAGAAGUCAACUGAAGCCCCCUUUAGAACCUACCAGGCUUUCAUGUGGGCCCUGUACAAAUAUUUCAUUAGUUUCAAAGAGGAACUUGCAGAAAUCGAGAAGUGCAUCAUCAAUAAUGGUCUCCCUGCUGUUCUCUCUCUGGGUGGAAACAGUACGGCCUUACCUGCAGACGGUGGACGAGUGGAUCGUGCAUGGGCACCUGUGGGAUGGCGCCAGGGAGUUCAUCAUCCAGAGAAACAAAAAUGUUCCAGUUAAUCACAGAGACUUCUGGUAUGCAACUUACACGCUAUAUAGUGUAUCAGAAAAGACAGAAAAUGAAGAAAAAAUGAGUGAUAAUGCUAGUGCGAGUUCCGGCAGUGACCAGGGGCCCUCCAGCAGGCAGCACACCAUGGUGUCCUUCCUCAAACCUGUCCUGAAGCAGAUCAUAAUGGCUGGCAAGUCGAUGCAGCUGCUGAAGAACCUGCAGUGUGCGGAGAGCACCACCUGCCAGGCAGGAGCCAGAGAUGCAGAAAGAAAAAGUUUAUACACUCUCUUUCUGGAAUCUGUACAGUCCCGUCUUCGACAUGGAGAAGAUUCCACUCCACAGGUUCUUACUGAGCAACAGGCAACCAAGGAGAACCUAAUGAAGAUGCAGUCCAUUGCUGAAAGGCAUCUUGAACUGGAUGAUGUUCAUGAUCCACUGCUUGCCAUUAACUUUGCAAGGAUGUAUUUGGAGCAGAGUGACUUUCACGAGAAGUUUGCUGGUGGUGAUGUAUGUGUGGAUAGAUCAUCGGAAUCUGUGACAUGCCAGACUUUUGAGUUAACGCUGAGAUCCUGCCUAUAUCCUCAUAUUGACAAGCAGUAUCUAGAUUGCUGUGGAAAUCUCAUGCAAACUCUAAAAAAAGAUUACAGGUUGGUAGAAUACUUGCAAGCCAUGAGAAAUUUUUUCUUAAUGGAAGGAGGAGAUACCAUGUAUGACUUCUACACAUCCAUUUUUGAUAAAAUAAGAGAAAAGGAAACAUGGCAGAAUGUGUCUUUUCUUAAUGUCCAACUCCAAGAAGCAGUAGGACAGCGUUAUCCUGAGGAUAGUUCACGUCUAUCUAUAUCUUUUGAAAAUGUUGACACAGCUAAGAAGAAACUGCCUGUUCAUAUCUUAGACGGUCUGACCCUCAGCUACAAGGUCCCAUGGCCCGUGGACAUUGUUAUAAGUUUGGAAUGUCAAAAAAUUUAUAAUCAAGUGUUUCUUCUCUUACUGCAAAUAAAGUGGGCAAAAUAUAGUCUGGAUGUUUUACUUUUUGGUGAACUGGUUAGUACUGCGGAAAAACCACGACUUCAAGAAGGCCUUGUACGUGAACAAGACACAGUUGCUCAGUUCGGACCACAAAAAGAACCAGUAAGACAGCAGAUUCAUCGCAUGUUCCUCUUAAGAGUGAAGCUCAUGCAUUUCGUGAACAGCUUGCACAACUACAUCAUGACCAGGAUUCUCCACAGUACAGGGCUGGAGUUUCAACAUCAAGUCGAGGAAGCCAAGGAUUUAGAUCAGUUGAUUAAAAUUCACUAUAGGUAUCUGUCAACCAUCCAUGACCGGUGUCUGCUGAGAGAAAAGGUCAGCUUUGUGAAAGAAGCUAUCAUGAAGGUGUUGAACUUGGCCCUCAUGUUUGCAGACGGUUGGCAGGCAGGCCUGGGCACUUGGCGUGGAAUCUCUAGCGCUGUCACUCAUGGCUGGCAUGGAACAAAGUUAAAUGUCUUCAGUGUGAGAAAUAUCUCCAGCUUCAUCAUCAUACAUGUACAUUUCCACCAUGUGCAGCUGAAAAGUGAGAAUCUUUUAAUUUUGGUUUAUUUGUAAACUUGUCCACUGUCGCCGGGCACAGUCACUCACGCCUCUAAUCCCAGCACUAUGGAGGUCAAGGCAGGCGAAUCACUUGAGCCCAGGAGUUGAGCCAGCCUGGGUAACAUGGUGAAACCCUGUGUCUACCAAAAAUACAAAAUGUAUCCAGACGUGGUGUGUGCCUCUCUAGCUACUCAGGAGGCCUAGAUGGGAGGAUUACUUGAGCCCAGGAGGUCAAGACUGCAGUGAGCCAUGAUUGCACUACUGCAGUGCAACCUGGGUGACAGAGUGAGAUCCUGACUCAAAAGAACCACUUGUCUGCGGUCCAGACGGAUGGAUUGUAG